AUGCAGCAAGCCAGUGAAGACCAGCAGGCCAGUGUAGAGCAGCAGGCCAGUGAAGACCAGCAGGCCAGUGAAGACCAGCAGGCCGAUGAGAUGCUUUUUGAACAGUAUCUCGCGGAAGAGGAUGAUCUCAGUCUGCCGGAACGCGGCGAUCUUCGCGAAGGCAUUGUCGUGGAGGUACGCACGAAUGAGUUGUUGGUGAACAUUGGCGCCAAGCGAGAUGGGAUUGUGCCCCAGUCGGAUCUGAAUCGGCUCGAAGAUGAAUAUAUGGGCACAUUGCUUGAAGGUGAGACGUACCGGUUGUCGUGA